AUGACUGGAACCGGCUACAGCGGCUCCAGCUACGACAACAACCCGUUCGACAGGAUGCUGGACGUGAGCUCAGUGGCCCAGGUCUGUACUGCUUUACAGCAGCAGUACGAGAGCGAGUCGAACGCCAUCGGGUCCCGUUCCUUCGAAAAGCCGUGCGGCUGCAUAGAGGGUACGGUGGGCGCGUUGGCCGGGUUCGCCGCCCUCGGUGGCCUGCUGGCGUUUGCUCUGUCGCAGUCCGCCGCAGCGCUGGCCGCCGCCUCGACAACCGCAGCCACCACCACCGCAGCCACCACCGAAACCACCACCGUCGCCACCACCACCGAAGCAAUCACCACCACCACCGUGGCUCCGGCAGGGCGCUCUUUGGACGGUGAGCAGGGCGGGAGCGGGCCCUAA